AUGCAUAUCAUCAACUUCUCUAUAACCCCAUUAGCACUUUUCUCUGCGUUUCUUUUGCUCAUCCACGCAAGGGAAUCAGAUCCCCCUUACACUGUCCAUCAAUGCAAAAACCAAACAUUUUACCAACCCAACACCACAUUUCAGUCCAACUUAAAUACCCUCUUCUCUUCUCUCAUCUCCAACUCUUCUCUUCAAUCCAACAACGGUUUCUACACAACCACUGUGGGUCAAAACACCACUGACGUCGUCAACGGUCUUUUCCUCUGCCGUGGCGACGUCAACGCCACCCUUUGCCACGGCUGCGUCGCCACCGCAGCAAACGACAUAACACGCCUCUGUCCGAACGACAGAGAGUCCAUAAUCUGGUCCGAUUUUUGCAUGUUGCAUUACUCCGAAAGCACCCUCAACAACAACAUCGAUACUGGACUUUCCGUGCACGACACCCGUGUGAUAAACUCGAACAUUGACAAGUUCAAUCAGUUAUUCGCUGAGUUACUUUACGGUUUGGCGGAGAAAGCUGCAGCCGCAGUGGAGAUAAAGUAUGCUGCAGGCGAAAAGGGUUUUACGAGUACACAGACACUGUACGGUAUGGCACAGUGCGUGCCCGAGUUAACGAGAGAAGGAUGUACCGCGUGCUUACAAAGCGCUAUUAGAAGUCUUACCAUGUACAGUGUACGAGCAGAGUUUAUGUUUCCGGCAUGUCAUAUCAGAUAUCAAUUGUAUCCAUUUUUGUAUAAUACCACUUCAGAGAUGCCACGUGUUCCUUCCCCAUCUUCAGCUACGAGUUAUUUUAUGUGUGAAGAUGAGUCUUUGCGUUUUGACUUGGCUACAAUAGAAGCUGUCACAAAUGGAUUCUCAGAUGAACAUAAAAUAGGCGAAGGUGGAUUUGGUGAGGUUUAUAAGGGUACCCUUCCGAAUGGACAAGAGAUAGCUGUGAAGAGGCUAUCAAGAAGUUCCCGGCAGGGUGACUUGGAAUUCAAGAACGAGGCUUCACUUGUUGCACAGCUUCAACAUAGAAAUUUAGUUAGGCUGUUAGGAUUUUGCUUGGAGAGAAAGGAGAGGAUACUUGUUUAUGAAUUCAUACCAAAUUCCAGCCUUGACAACUUUCUAUUUGAUCGUGAGAACGAAGAAGAGCUAGACUGGGCAAGACGUUACCAAAUUAUAGUUGGAAUAGCUCGAGGAAUGAAGUAUCUCCAUGAAGAUUCUAGGCUAAGAAUAAUACAUCGCGAUCUCAAGGCUAGUAAUGUUCUAUUGGAUGCAAACAUGAAUCCAAAGAUUUCAGAUUUUGGCUUGGCAAAGAUUUCCCCUAAUGAUCAAAGUCAAGUAAAUGCAGCAACAAGAAGGAUAGUUGGAACAUAUGGUUACAUGUCUCCAGAAUAUGCAAUGCAUGGAAAAUAUUCUGUGAAAUCCGAUGUGUUCAGCUUUGGAGUCUUGGUUUUGGAGAUUAUUCAUGGCAAGAAGAACUCAAGUUAUUAUCUAUCACAUGAAAGCGAUGACCUUUUGAGCAUUACUUGGAAGAAUUGGACAAAUCAGACACCGUUCUUGAUUUUGGAUCCAAGAUUGAAUGGCUCAUAUUCUCGAAAUGAAGUUCGGAGAUGCAUCCAGAUCGCUUUAUUAUGCGCUCAAGAAAACCCAGUUGAUAGGCCUUCAAUGGCGACAAUAGUAAUUGCGUUGAGCAGUUAUUCAAUAACAUUAGCGCAACCUCGACAACCAGCAUCUUAUCUGCGAUGGAGAACAGCACCAGACAGAUUAAGACACCAACGUGAUUCUGAUGGGAACAGGCGCACAACCCCGUCGUGUCCGAAUGAUUCUUUGAUUACUGAAGUAUAUCCUCGCUAA